AAGGGUCUUGUUUUCUUGAGCUUGCAACGAUCAACCAUCAUCCUGUGUCAUCAUGAUGGUCUGCGUCACAAGAGAGGCGAUAAGCAAAAUUUAAGACUCAAGAUGGUAUGUUAAACUUUGAUCUUAAGGACGUUUUCUUUGUUUCCUCAUCAAAUAUUGAAAAUAAAUUUUUAACAAAAAAAAUUACAUAUGCCUGUAAAAUGGCUAUUUCAGCAUUUUUCUCUGUUUUCUACAAUUCAUAUUUCUUUUUCAUUGGAAAAACUAGAAAGAAUAUAUAAAAUAUAAAAUAUUUUAAAAAUAGUUUAAUAAAUUAUUUCCAAAAGACAACUUUGUCAAAAAGAAUUGAAAAAAGAAGAAAAUGAAUUGAAAGCAAAAUUUUCUUUUCAAAAUGUCAGCAACUGAUAGUGAUAGCCGCAGGUAUUACAUCAGGCAAAUCAAACAGGUAAAGGUCAUACAAUGUACCUUCUAGAUGUUACUUUACAAGAUUUUAGAUCUACUUUGGUAUCUUCUUUCCUUUUUCCUUUGAUUGUAAACUCCUUUCAACUAAUACGAAUUAAUACCAUAACUUGCACCUGCCUAGAAUAUACAGUCGACACUGCCCACAAACAAAUCGAGAAGUAUAGAAUAACGCAACAUAAAAAAGGAAAGAUUUUGGUAGCUGUGCUCUUUUCCUCUUUUCUUAUCUUUCCAAUGUUUACUCUCCUGUACUCAUUUAAAAUGGUAAAUUAAAAAGAGAGCCAGAUUUUUAUUUGGAAGGUUGCAAAUCGAUUGACAGAUAGGUCAUCAGUGUAGAGCUUUGAUACAAGUGACAAAAAAACGGUCCAUACGCUUGUUGAGCAAUAUGGUUAGUUCAUGAAGGCCUUGUAUAUUUCACAUAAUGAUAACAAAUACUAGAAGUCAAUGAUGCAUUGCUGCAAAGAAUUUUGAUAACGUGACUUUCUUUGUAGUCUGGUGCUUGGUAAAAUCCAGAGACGCAAUGAAGAUACUUGAAUUC